UUGUUUGUUUGUUUGUUUGUUUUAAGAUAAAGGAGGGGAUAAAAGAGAUGUUGAUCCAAAUGCUGGCCGGUUUGUACGUUAUCAGUUUACACCAGCUUUUUUACGGCUACGUCAAGUAGGAGCCACUGUUGAAUUCACAGUAGGAGACAUCCCCAUCAAUAACUUCCGGAUGAUCGAGAGGCACUAUUUCCGUGAACAGCUGCUGAAGAGCUUCGACUUUGAGUUUGGCUUCUGCAUCCCGAGCAGCAAGAACACCUGUGAGCACAUCUAUGAGUUCCCACCGCUCUCAGAGGAUCUCAUACGGGAGAUGAUCCUCCAUCCUUACGAGACGCAGUCUGACAGCUUCUACUUUGUGGACAACAAGCUGGUCAUGCACAACAAAGCAGAUUAUUCGUACAGCGGAGGCCCUUAGGACAGAGGUGGGAGGGGACUGAGGCAGAGAGUUUGACUGACAGACCUAAGAACCAAUCACAUGUCUUUGUCCAGCAGCCACACCCUCCUUGAAUCAGUGUCAUAGACGAUGCGCCAUGCCUGUGUUUGAGAUCUAGAGAGACGUAUCGUAAGGUCACGUCCAAUGCAUACAUAUCCUAUUCUGAUUUCACACUGCCAUCGUUCACAUCAGCAAAUAUAGAUAUUAAAGUGUUUAUUUUGUAACAUGCCCCAAUGAUGAGUAAAUUCCCUUCAGUCCCAUGUUUUGUAUGGGCAAGGCACUGUAAUGUGAAUGGUACUUAGGUUUUACUAUUCAGUGUGUGUGUGUGUGUGAGUGUGUGAGUGUGUGAGUGUGUGAGUGUGUGAGUGUGUGAGUG